AUGGAGUUCGCCUGCGUCGAUCUCCGUGCCCCUCAUACCGGUGUUGCCAAUGUCUCUGUUGUUGAUACAGCCUCCAAUACUAUCAUCGGUACUCCUCUGAAGUCCUGGGAUGAGUACGCCUCCACUGCCACCAGCGUGAAGGACAACCAGACUAGUUUCAGCGUGGCUACGCCCGAUGAGCUUGGCAAUAAAUGCUCUAAGACUGGGGCCUGUGUGCUCCAGUGGUACUGGUUCGCCGAAUAA